CGUCUUUAACUUUGAGAGCAUUUGAUUUAUUAGCAUACAAUGUUUUGCAUGGUGUAAGUUCACUUGCAUCUAUUAAUAGUUUGAAAAUCAGAUGUAAAUUAUGCUAAUUACUAUAUUUUUUUUGAUGGAACUGAAUGAAAGUUACAUGAAUAUUGUACAUAUGUAUUUGUGUAAGAUAUGAACUUGACCAAGUCAUCGAGGCCACACUACUUGCUUAAUUUUAAAUACAUAAAUUAGUCUUGCGAUGCAACAACAAAAUGUCAAUGUCAAAAUAAUUAUUUCAAUUGCUCCAAUAAAUACAAUAUGAUGGAUCCUCAACAUUCAUAGUUGAUAGUUAGUUUGUUCCCCAGAUAUUUUGUAUUGCAUGAAUGUGAUCUACAGAUUUCUAGGAUAAACAGCUAGCAAUCGUUGUCCCUUGUCCUGAUAUCCGUAUUGUCUCAGACAUUAGUUAACAUUUUAGGGCUUCUGAGACUCAGUGUAAUUAUGCGAGUAUCGCUAUUUUACGGUUCCCUAUUCUUAUUUCUUGCAGUCUCGUCCGUUCAUGGACAAGCCAGGCGAGACAACAAUAAGAUCGAUUUCAUUGUGGAACAAAAAAAUGCCACACAAAUUUUGGACUCAAUGUUUACCAACUACGACUACCGUAUUAGGCCCAGCUUUGGAGAACGAUCAGUCAAUGUAAAUAUGACGUUGUAUGUCCUUGGAUUUCACAAACUUGAUGAAUCAAAUAAAGAAUUUACAAUCCAAAUAUAUUUUCGUCGAGAGUGGUUGGAUCAUCGACUACAUUAUAACGGAAAUAAAAGGAUAUUGUUGGAUGGUGACCAUGGCGUGAAAGUUUGGACUCCAGAUUUAUUCAUUGUGAAUGAAGUCGGUGUCAAAAAGCAUCAAUAUGCCAAAAACAAUGAACUUUUAAUAUUCUCACCAAAUGGAACUGUUAAAAUAUCCGAGAGAGUAACAAUAACAGCCACAUGUCCAAUGGAACUUCGACACUAUCCAUUUGACUCACAAACAUGCACGCUAGAAAUUGAAUCAUUUGGUCACUCCACCAGCGACAUAAUGCUAAACUGGGCCCUUGGACAACAACAAUCGGUUGGGGUAUCUUCCGACGCGAUGGGGGCAAAUGGAUUCACUUUCCUGGGUCAUCGAGCUAGUGGAACGAUCAUUCAGCUAAAAAGUGGUAACUAUUCCAGAGUAUGGGUGGAAUUUGCGUUUACUCGAAAAUGGGCUUGGCACCUGUGGACGACUCACAUUCCACUGACACUUUUCAGCCUCCUUUCAAUAGUUCCACUGCUUUCAGUGUUCAAAACUACAGGUCUAAAAUCCAUCUCUCCAGGUUGGAAACUGCUACCGACGUCUUUGGCAUAUCUCACGGGGCUAUUUGUGUACAAAAACCUAGAUAAUGAAAAUGGAUAUGUUUAUGCACGUGUUUACGUAUAUCUGAACUGGACAUUUGUUGGCAUAACUUUCAUUGGUUGGAUUUGUAUGUGCUAUAUAUCGAAUGCUGCAAUGUAUCUUAAACAAGCUGACGGUCAACGACGAUCAACAUUAAAAAAAGAAGCACCUGCAAUUUCAACCUUGGUGCUGUUAAUUCUGGUAAACUUUGCAUAUUGGACAUGCCUAUUUUGGGAGAUUUCGAAUGACGAUAGCCUGAGUGGUCUUAUAUCGGCUUAGAAAGAAGACGCGUACAUACAUACACAUGAAGCCAUGGAGAAAGUCAACAUGGGUUCAAAAAUAUAUGUAAAAAUAUGUUCUUUAUAAAGUGUUGAGUUGGUAAAAUUAAAAUUUAAUAAUACUGCAUUUUUUGUCUUCCUUCGACAUUCAAAAUUGUUAUUCAACAUUAUACAAUGAUUGUAUUACAAUGUCUCAACAAGAGGUGUUGCCUUGCUAAUAAAUGCAAAAGAUUAUGCCAUAAGAGGCAAAUUGAGA